AUGCCCGUCAUCGCUGCCACGGGCAAGCAGCGUCGAAAAGUCCGCUUUUCCAACAACCGUCCGGCCACCAACUCCAACUCCAACAAACUGCAAGCCACAAGCAACACACCUGCACCCACUGCAGUCUCAAACCCUAUCGCUUCCAAAUCAAGUACAAAGACUAUCAUGAGUACGACCGCGGCAAUACGCCCGGGGGUCCCGGCUCUCUUUACUGAGCCUCCAGCGAUCCACGACCCGCUUAUGACAGAGACCUCUGAUCUCCAAGAGCAGACGCUCGAGAAAUGUUUGCCCUUUUUGCAAGGUAAUCAGAAAUCGCAACGGGAGCCCUUUAGUCGGCACGGGGUCCCGGCACUUGGACGAGAUGACCAUAUCGGUUUCCUGUACGAUUCCCUGGAGGAAUAUCCAGACGACUUUGUGGCACUGGAUGCUAGUCGUCCCUGGAUGUGUUAUUGGGCUCUGGCGGGGUUAUCCCUACUUGGCGAGGAUGUCAGUAAAUUUCGUCAACGGGUGAUUGCUACUUUUACACCCAUGCAGAACCCCACCGGGGGCUUCGGCGGGGGGCAUGGUCAGAUGUCUCAUAGUGCCUCGAGUUACGCCGCCGUGCUCACCCUGGCUAUGGUUGGGGGCGAAGAUGCCUAUCGGCUGAUUGAUCGGAGGGGAAUGUGGAGAUGGUUGGGGAGAUUAAAACAACCAGACGGAGGCUUUAGAAUCUGCGAGAACGGAGAAGAGGAUGUGAGGGGCGCGUAUUGUGCCAUGGUGAUCAUCUCAUUACUCGAUCUGCCACUUGAGUUACCCGCGGAUGCGCCAGCUCGCCAAUAUGGUCUAGAAACAUUCACAAAUGGCCUUCCGGAGUAUCUAUCAAGAUGCCAGACAUUCGAAGGAGGGAUGUCCGGAAGUCCUGGUACGGAAGCGCACGGGGCCUAUGCUUUCUGUGCUCUGGCGUGUCUUUGCAUUCUGGACCGGCCUGAAAAGGUUAUCCCCAGGUAUAUGGAUAUUCCUUUGCUUUUGUCCUGGCUCUCCGCUCGUCAAUAUGCCCCCGAAGGAGGUUUUGCGGGGCGGACCAACAAACUAGUAGAUGGGUGCUACAGUCACUGGGUGGGCGGCUGCUGGCCAUUGGUCCAGUCUGCUCUGGACGGCAUGCAACCAGCCGCCGCCCCGAACAAGGCCUCUGGCAAUCUCUACAGCCGGGAAGGUUUGACGCGAUACAUUCUAAGUUGUUGUCAAGCUAAGCGAGGACUUCGGGAUAAACCCGGAAAGCAUCCCGAUUCGUAUCACACCUGCUACACGCUGACAGGCCUGAGCACGACGCAGCAUCGGCAUUACCAUACAGACACAAGCGCCACUUCCAAGGAACCCUUUGCGUCGGCGUUUUCCUGGAAAUAUACGCCCGUCUCCAGCAACGUCAACGACGACACAGACGUAAGCGUCUUCGAAGAGGCAGACCGAGUGAACCCGGCGCAUCCACUGUAUGUCAUUCCCCACCAAGCAGCCGAAGACAUGCGACUUUGGUACGAGAAGGAGCCAUUGGAUUUUGCAUAG